GAGCCAUAUAGAGAUGGAGAAGAGUUUCAAAGUAUGGGCAUACAAGGAAGGAGAACUUCCCAUUUUCCAUGGAGGACCUAUGAACAAUAUAUACUCCAGCGAAGGCCAAAUCAUGGACGAAAUCGAGAGCCAAAAAAGCAGAUUUCUUGCUCAAAACCCUGAAGAAGCCCUUGUGUUCUUCCUCCCUGUCAGCGUGGUUUCCAUUCGACAUUAUCUUUACAGAUCUCAUGCUGAUUAUGAUCGUCGAAUUAUCCAGGAUGUUGUUACUGAUUACAUUGGUGUGUUGUCACACAAGUACCCUUAUUGGAAUAGAAGCAGUGGAGCUGAUCACUUCUUCGUUAGCUGUCAUGAUUGGGCACCAGAUGUUACAGCGACGAACCCUAAAUUGUAUGAACACUUCAUUCGUGUCCUUUGCAAUGCCAAUAGUUCUGAAGGUUUUCGGCCGGAAAGAGACGUCUCCUUGCCGGAGCUCAACAUUCCUUACGAACACCUAGGACCACCCCUCAUCGGACAACCCCCUGAAAACCGUUCCAUCCUUGCAUUUUUUGCAGGUGGAAGCCAUGGACAAGUAAGAAAAUAUUUGUUCGAAAUUUGGGAUGGAAAAGAUGAGGAGAUUCAAGUCUUCAAAUACCUCCCGAAAACCCUAAAUUACACGGAAUUAAUGGGAAGAGCGAAGUUUUGUUUAUGCCCUAGUGGAUGGGAAGUAGCAAGCCCUAGAAUAGUUGAAUCGAUCUCUUCAGGUUGUGUUCCGGUGAUCGUUUCUGAUCAUUAUGUGUUGCCAUUCAGUGACGUUCUUGACUGGAGCAAGUUUUCUGUUCAUGUUCCGGUGAAAAAGAUACCGGAAAUCAAGAAAAUCUUGGAAGGGGUUGGGAUCGAUGAGUAUAUUAAAAUGCAGAAAAUGGUGAUGAAGGUGCAAAGACAUUUUAUAAUUCAUAGACCAUCGAGAGCAUAUGAUUUGAUAGACAUGGUGCUUCAUUCGGUUUGGUUGAGAAGGCUCAAUGUAAAACUCUCUUAG